UUGAAUGGUCAAAACGCCCUUACGUUUUGACAGCCAGUUCCACCAGCAGCAUCGUGAACGGCAGAGCGAACCAAGCUAGUUCCAGAAUUGGAAGGAAACCCUGGUUUGGACGCCUAAUGUCCUCCUUCGCGUCCCCUUGGUAAGAUCAUCAUCAUGUCUCAUUACCACAAAUACCUCAACACGUGUGUAUCGCAAGUAUGCCUACGACAAGCCAGACUAUCCUCGGCAAACGACGCGCCGAAUCCCCUAUUCCGCAACCGCCUGCAAAAAGGCCUGUUCCCGUCGAACCUUUGAGAACCUCAUCUCAGACCCACAAACAGUACGCCAUCGCCCCAGAAGCGGCCGAAGACGAAUUCAAAAUCGACUAUGAGGCCACCAACGCAGCUUUCUUGGAGCUUUGGUCUGCCGUGGUAGCGGAGCAUGUGUAUCCCGAAUUACCUUGGGAAGCCUGCUCGAAUAUUAGAAACGCCGUGCUGGUACUCUGUAUGGCUCUCGGGGAUGGAUUUUUCGAAGAUGCUGUCAAGCGAGAUGUCGUAUGCGAGCCAUUACAUCAGCCGAAAUGUAAUUUUGGAGGCCAAAUCAAAAGCAAAUCCAAUGACCGGGAUGAGAACGAGCUCGUGAAAGAAGUGCAGAAUGACAUGAAAGAAUGGAAGGAGGCCGCCGAACGCAAGGAUAUCAACUUCAUGGACUUCAAACUGACUCUGCUAGACAAUCUUGUCUUCCUCAGCGACACCAUGACACCCAUCAAUAAGCAAACCACCGUUGACACCAGAUUUGAUUCUCAAAACGAUCUAAAGAGCAUGUCAGCUUGGUAUAAAUUGGCAAUCGCAUCAACACCUAUGUUCGAAAGCAACCCAAAUCUGCUCGACGCCAAAGCCCUGGAACUCUACAAAAUCUUCUCGUCGCAAACAGACAACCACUGGAAUACCAGAUUACAGGUCAGCUGGAAAAGGAUGGGGGAGGUUAUGAUGUCGUAUGAGUCACUUCACCAAAAAGUCGAACAACAAGUCGACCCGAAAGCUAGAAUCGGAUUUGAAGAUGAUGAAGAAGAAGAUUCACCAAACAUCUGCGGUGUGGUAGGGGAUCCUGAGCCUCCGCCACAUGUCGACAUCAUGGCCGACAAUGCGUCUCUUCUCGAGCUCUGGGCUGCCACAGUGACUGGCAGGGUAUAUCACUGGUUGAGCUGGCAGACUUGCUUGCAAAUUGGCAAUGCCGUCAUGGUGCUCUGUAUAGCAUCCGGUGAUGAUUUCCUCGAGCUGGAUCGAUCAAAAAAGGUGUCCAAACCCCGCAGACGAGGAUGGGGACGAGAGUAAAGUCACAAGCGACGAACAGCGCAUACUUAGACUCCAGUCCAUCGAGGUCAACAUCAUGGGCUUCUCACUGAUGCUACGAAAUAACUCGGUGUUCCUCAACAACGAGAUUAUAUCCCCAAGACAACCCUCCUGCACAUUUGACAGGGAACAGGAUAAAGAUUCAAUGUCAAAGUGGUACGAAUAUGCCAUCAACGCAACCUUCAAAAACGACACAGAACUACUCAAUCUCAAAGGCUUGGACUUGUUCAAACUUCUCUUACCACCUAAAC